CGUCGGCAAGCGGUAGCAAGGAGAAGAUGGCGGAGGAAGAUACACAUGCAGAGAAAUUCAAGGAGAAGGCGAAUAAUUACUUUAAAGAGAGAGACUAUGAGAAUGCGAUCAAAUACUACACGGAGGCGUUGGAGCUCAACCCGUCCAGCGCCAUCUACUUCUCCAACCGCAGCCUGGCGUACCUGCGGACAGAGUGCUAUGGCUACGCUCUGGCCGACGCCACCAAGUGUCUGGAGAUCGACCAGAACUACAUCAAGGGUUACUACCGCCGAGCCACGUCCAACAUGGCCCUGGGCAAGUUCAAGGCUGCACUCAAAGACUACGAGACGGUAGUGCGCGUGCGACCUAACGAUAAGGACGCUAAGAUGAAGUACCAGGAGUGCAACAAGAUCGUGAAACGGAAAGCCUUCGAGAGAGCCAUUGCUAGCGACGAGAUUAAGAGAUCAGUCGUAGACUCCCUAGACAUCGAAAACAUGAUGAUCGAGGACCAGUACACAGGACCGAAGCUGGAAGAAGGGAAGGUGACAAUGAGGUUCAUGAAAGAGAUGAUGGAGUGCUUCAAAGACCAGAAGAAACUGCAUAGAAAGUGUGCUUAUCAGAUUCUGAUCCAAGUCAAAGAACUCUUAUCCAAACUACCCAGUCUAAUUGAGAUCACAUUAAAAGAGACAGAGAAGAUAACCAUUUGUGGCGACACACAUGGACAGUUCUACGAUCUUCUAAACAUCUUUGAGCUGAACGGCUUACCCUCUGAGACCAACCCCUAUCUAUUUAAUGGAGACUUUGUGGACCGUGGUUCGUUCUCCCUAGAGGUCAUCCUGACUCUGUUUGGCUUCAAGCUGCUGCUCCCUGACUCCUUCUACCUCCUCAGAGGUAACCACGAGACUGACAACAUGAACCAGAUGUAUGGUUUUGAGGGGGAGGUGAAGGCCAAGUAUACCGCUCAGAUGUUCACGCUCUUCAGUGAGGUCUUCCAGUGGCUGCCUCUAGCCCAGUGCAUCAACGGCAAAGUCCUGGUAGGUAACCCUGACCUGUGA